AUGUGGCCUGGUGGAAGUGGUAGCAGCAUUAGAAAUUCGAACGCUCCUGCUGCAAUGUCUAGUUCCAGUGGCGGCAAUGGUAAUUCAUCGACUGGUUCUGGCAGUGGUACUGCUACAGGAUCUCAGCCAUCAUUUAGUGGUGUACGGGUAAAGGAUCAACAUGGAGGCGUAGGGAAUCAACAGCGUUGGCUUGAUCAUCACCAAACACAGCAAUGGAAUACACAAAGUGCACAAUGGGGACCACAUGUCGCGAGUGGUCCAAGUCCAGCCCAUCCAUGGCCACUCGCAGCUGCUGCACAAUGGCCAGGCACACCGUCACCAAAUACAGGGACAGGUGCUUCUACAUAUGCCGAACAUGCAAAGAAAAAUAUGGUCGGACGUGGUGGUCAAGGCCAAGUGCAGGGACGAUACGACCAACAACAGCAGCAGUGGAACCAAGUAAAAGUAGAUCAGCAAACUCCUUGGGAUACGAGUAGUUUGGCAGGCUUUGGCAAUAUACAUGGUACCACUGAUGCGAAAAUAUCAGCGACGGAAUGGGGAUCAGCCGCAGCAGCGAAUACACGUUGGGCUCCACCCGUUACUCAGUGGCCAGUACAUGCCGCAGGUACAUCAAGCACUACGGGCCCCGACUGGGCUACGGCUGCAGCAGUUGUAGCUGCUGCGGCAGUGGCACAUCAUCGCCACGAUGCAGCAACACCGUGGACCAACACUACAUUAGCGGCUCAUCCUGCAGCUGCAGCACUGCCGCCACAAGUAGGAGCAGCUUGGGGUCAAAAUCCAACACUUCAGCAACCAUCAGCUUCUGCAUUACCAAAUCUCAAUGAGCAGUAUGACCCAAAUCCUCAAACGCCUGGUCCGUGGGUUGCUCCACAACCGCAGGAAAUGAAUAACGAUAUGAUGUGGCACGAUCCAAACCCAAAGCAAAAGAAGGUGCAACGUGAUACUGGUACUGCCAUUUGGGGUGAUCCAAGUCAACAACCUGUAGUGAGUUUGAAAAUUCUUUGCGUUUUACGAUUCUUAAUAUUGAAGUUACUUCCUGUUGCAUUUCUUCGACGUAAAUGUUUGGUCCAGGAAAUAAAACGUUGGAAAGAUGCUGAGGUGGAUGAUUAUUCCCACAUACAAAGUGCAAUACCGAGCGGCGGUGACUGGAACAUCAUUGCAAUAUCAUCAAACGGUACUACCGUUUGUACGGGCGUCAAUGGUACCAUAAUGGGUGGUCCCGGUAUAGGACAUGCAACGAGUUCCUGCUGUUCAGCAACUGGAACAAACGUUUCAACUCCAACUACAACUGGUAAUGGACCGUGGCCAGAUGGUUCUCAUCCAGAGCCUUCGUCAUCGGGACACCAAGAACGAUGGCAGCAACAGCCCAGUGCAUGGGGUGAUAAGGUAUCUGGGCCUCCUUCUGUGGGUGGCAUUGGAAUGCAUGGUUUACUGGAUAAUGCAGUUGUUCGACCUGAUAUUGGAAGUGGUGCUAUUGCAGGAACAGCACCGUACACUUCACUUACACAACAGAUUGCUGAUCGGAUCCGUAUCGCAGUUAAUAAAGGCUUAAUAGAUGUUUCGAUGCUUAAUCGUCCAUUGCCGCAGAGUGCCCUGGUUAUCUUAAACGCUCUUCUUCAAAAGUUCCCUAAGCUCGAGCAAGCUCAGCAAGAAUAUCAGCAAGUUAUGCGCGCAAUGAGUAGUCCAGCACAGAAGGUUGAAUCGGAACGUUUAGCAGUGGAAAUAAACGGUUUACAGAAUGAAAUUGUGCAGUUGCGGAAUUCAAUAAAUGAACAAUUAUUGAAAGUUCGUUCAAAUGCUCUAAUUAAUGGCACUUUAGCGCCUGUGCAGCAGCAAGAUGGACAGAGCCGUCUACAGCAGUGGAAACAGGCGAAUGCAGCGAAUGCGCAAGACUGCAACAGUGAAAAGAUGUGUGCACCUUCAUCAGAUCCGAACGUUUCGGGUCUCAUUACUGGCACACAGUUAUUGACAAUAGACGGAAAAAUUGACUGGAAAGUUGGUAGUCUGGAUUGGUCGCCGCCACCGUCCGGAACUAGUGAUAAAGCUGCCGAUAUCACUGAUAAAGAUGAUCCAAGCAGUUCCAAUGAGAAACAACACCAAGGAGCAUCGUCAUCAACUAAUCAGUCUUGUAAUGGUACUCCAACACCCCAGCAGAGUCAGACACAAGCUCAAAUGGCUUCAGUCGAUGAUGGACCGCAGGAAUUUGUUCCGGGGAAGAAAUGGGAAUGGAGAGAUCCCAAUAAGGUAGCAGAAGACCCGAAUGCAACUCCAGGUACAUGUAAACCAAAUCCACUGCUGACAACAGGCUCCGCCGCUCAACCUUUUUAUUUAUAUGGUAGUAGUGCUAAUAACAGCUCACCACAAGGUAGCGCGAUUACUAAUUCAUCAAGUGCUGUAACUACAACAGCUAAUUAUUUAAAUGAUCUGCAGACUAUUAACAGGAGUCCAAGUGCUGGUUACUUAGGAUGGAACAGUGGUACUGCUAACCCAGCUGCUUUUGCUGCCAGUGACAUGUGGCCCUCAGUGACUACCGCUGCUGUCCGACAGUCUCGUAUUGCAUCUGGGUUAACAGGAAUCGGGCCAUUUGGACAUACAGCAGUACGAGGCGGACCCGUAGGUAGCUCUGGACUAAGUGUAGGGCCUUAUCAGCGUUCCAAUUUAAGUCCGUUUGGUCUUCAACAGCCGCAGCAGCAUCAAUGGGUUUUCGUGCAACUACAUGGAGUGAACGAGAAACAAAUACAAAUGUUAUGUCAGAAAGUGGGCCAAGUAGUGCAUGCAUUUUGUCCACAUGGUGCUCCAUUUCUGUGUGUUAAAUUCAUGGAGCCUGCUGAGGAAAUUAUUCGACGGAUGAAAACAGAAGCACCAUUUUUGCAAGUAAAAACUGUGACAGAAUCGGAAAUGGAUCGAUUACUAAAACCACGGGCUGCACUGUCAUAUGGUGGCCCUUUGGGAGCGACUGGAACAACAACGGAACAAUGGAUGUUUAGUGCCGGUACGGUUGCAACAUUACUACCAAACUGUGCAUCUAAUAAUACUGAUGCACUACCACAGCAACCUCCUUUUCAUGCAGCUGAUACAGCUAGUGAUCUUUCACGGCCCUUUUAA